AUGUUCAUAUUUUACUUUUCACAUGUUCAUAUUUUACUUCACUUUGCAACUGAUGACAAGCUGGAGACAGCACAGGAUAUCAAUAGUUUAAUAUGUGCAGAAAUUCCAGAUCCAAUUAUAAAUCGUGAACUUUAUGAUGUUAUUAAAACUUGCAUGAAUCAUGGCCCAUGUGGCAUAUUGAAUCCAAAUUCUACCUGCAUGAAAGAUGGGGUCUGCAGCAAAAAUUAUCCUAAAGAAUUUAAUGCCAAUACAGUAGUAGUUCAUAAUGUUUAUCCUCGCUAUAGACGUCGUGAUAAUGGUUUGGUUAUCAAUAUUAAAGGAAACAAUGUAGAUAACCGCUGGGUGGUACCUUACAAUCCAUGGUUAUCAAAGAAAUAUCAAGUCCACAUUAAUGUUAAAGCUUGCAUGUCUGUUAAGGCUGUUAAGUAUAUGUACAAAUACAUAUACAAGGGUCACGACGGUGCCAAUAUUUUGAUAAAUGAACAUAUUAAUCAUGAUGAAGUAAACACUUUUUUAGAUUGUCGUUUUGUUAUUGCACCUGAAGCAUUGUGGCGAAUUUUUGAGUAUCCCAUAAGUCAUACAUCACACACUAUUUUCCGCCCUAAAGUUCAUCUUCCUGAGAAUCAAUUAGUGUAUUUUAGAGAAAGAGCAUAA